UCACAAUGCACCCAUAUAUUUACAUCUAAUUUGCUCAAAAAAACAAAAAACAAUAAUAAUCUAAGUAGAAGGCUCAAUGUCCUUCUCCGUCCUCCAACACCAAUCCCACAUCCCUUCCCAGUUCAUCUGGCCCGACGACGAGAGGCCGGGCGCGGAGACGCCCCCGCCUCUCGACGUGCCUCCCGUUGACCUCGGGGGAUUCCUGUCGGGGGACCCCGAGGCCGUGGCCAAUGCGGCCCGCCUCAUCGACCAGGCGUGCCGCAGCCACGGCUUCUUCCUCCUCGUCAACCACGGCAUCGACGCGGCCCUCAUCGACCGGGUCCACGCCGCGACCACCUCCUUCUUCGCCAUGCCGCUCGCCGACAAGGAAAGGGCCCACCGGAAACCCGGCGAGCCCUGCGGCUACGCGAGCAGCUUCACCGACAGAUUCUCCUCCAAGCUGCCGUGGAAGGAAACGCUGUCGUUUCGCUACAGCGCCGACCCCAACCUCGCCGGCAUUGUCCAGACCUACUUCUCCCAGACUAUGGGGGAAGACUACAAAGCCUUUGGGAGGGUGGUGGAGGAGUAUUGCUCGGAGAUGAGCGGCGUGUGUUUGAAGGUGAUGGAGGUUUUAGGCAUAAGCUUGGGAGUGGGAGCGGAUUGGUUCCGAGAGUUCUUCAAAGGAAACGAUUCGAUAAUGAGAUUAAACUAUUACCCGGCGUGUCAGGAGGCGCAUGCGGCGCUGGGCACCGGGCCCCACUGCGACCCCACCUCCCUCACCAUUCUGCACCAGGACCAAGUCGCCGGCCUCCAGGUCUUCGUUGAUCAACAAUGGCAUUCCAUCACUCCCAACCCACACGCCUUUGUCGUCAACAUUGGUGACACCUUCAUGGCGCUGUCGAAUGGGAUCUACAAGGGGUGCCUGCACAGGGCGGUGGUGAACGGGGCGGCGGCGCGGAAGUCGCUGGCAUUCUUUUUGUGUCCGAAGACGGACAGGAUCGUGAGGCCGCCGCCGCAGCUGGGCGGCGCGAGGCUGUAUCCGGACUUCACGUGGGCGGCGCUGCUGGAGUUCACGCAGAAGCACUACCGCGCCGACGCCAAGACGCUCGACGCCUUCGUCGCGUGGCUGCAACGCGAUUCUUAAUUUAAUUUAAUUUAAUUUAUAAUUAUGCGCGUGUUUAAUUAGUUGAUUGUGUAAUAAUUAAUCAGAUAAUUGAUUGUAGAGUUUGGCUUUCUCAUGGAGUAGUUAUAUAUAUAUAUAGCUGCGUACGUGCGUGCAUGAUAUAUCAGUGUAUAAAUAUGUGCAUCUUUUAUUCGAGAGGAUGUGUGGAUUGGUG